AUGACGAAAGAGCCCUCGCCAUUUCGUGACGAAUAUGCCCCUGUAAUUUUCGCUCAAGAAACUGUUUCCUAUCUUAAAUUGGUAGAUAUGAUGUCUGGCGAGGAGGACAAAGAGAACAUAUUGAGGGCUAGACCAACUGGGAAAUCCGUGCUCACAAGCCCUUUCAAGCUUCUGGGUUCUAAUCAUCUAGGGGUAGUUUUGACAUUUCCUGUGUACAAAUCAAAGCUUCCACCAAACGCAUCUGUUCAAGAACGCAUCGCAGCUACUGCCGGGAAGUGGAACAAGAACUGAAUACAUGGGAAGGUUGUGGGUUACAUCUUUCUUUAAACAAAUUCUUUAUAGCUUUGCACACAGUGACAGUUUUACCUGAUUCAAUGGCAAUCUCAGCCAGGAAAAAAAUGGCGAUUUGGAUUUCGUUGCAAUAGUUCUACCUCAGGCUUGAUGUGUGUUGGGUUGACUUGGACAACUUUUAUGAUGCGUUGAUCUCCAUUAAACAAGAAAUAGCAGAAAUCGAGAAAUGAAUAGUCGACAUCAACAACAAUGUCAUCAAGGGAGCUCCUCAUGCACCACAACUACUCAUGGCUGAUAAGUGAACAAAACCACACUCUUGAGAAUAUGCAGCUUACCCUGCUCCAUGGCUCUCUAUCUUUUAUGAAUAAUUUGUGAUGAGUCAUUGGUCUAUCUUUUUCUCGGUGGAGAAGAACACCAUGACACCUGCGAUGGAACCCUUAGCAGUUUCUUUGCAGUUGUUCAAAUAAUAUCAUUUUUAUUUUUGGAACCCUUAGCAGUUUGUUUACAGUUGUUCAAAUAAUAUCAUUUUUACUAAAAUAGACUACUGGAUGAUUUAUUAAAAUUUGUUCCUUAUGAUGCAAAUUUUGUAAUGGUUAGUGGGGUUUAAUACUUUUGUGUUUACUAAA